ACAGAAGAAGUGAAUGGCUGUAAAGUCAUGGAGUUUAAUGAACUUCMKAACAAAGCUCUGGUCAAUCAUGUCUUCAAAACACAAAAAACCAGAGAUGACUCAGAUUGCGACGUAAAGUGCUAUUUGGAUGAUCGAUGUAUCUCCUACAGCUUUGGUACAAGUGCGAGUGGAGAGAAAGACAUGUGUGAGCUGAGUGACUCGGAUCACUUUAUACAUCCUGGAGAUCUAGUGGACAGACCUGGUGUCAUCUACAGAAGUGCUAAGAAUACUUGCAAGUGCCCUGUUGGAGGGAACUUUAAAUUGGAAUUUCAAAUGCCGAGGCAUUUUGAAACCGCAAUAGAAUUCAAAUGGCUUAAAGUCGGUACUGAAGUGUGUAUUGCUGCAAAAGAUGAUCAGUUCGGAAGGUUUACUAUUCCAGUUGCCUGCCAUGUCUUGAAYUUCAAACUUGUUUAUGUGUCUGGAGGYGGAMUAKCGUGGGGACKUGGAAAASCCAAAGSMUACUGGGGAACUACCUAUGAAAGCAACAAAAAUCUUAAUUUACACAUUACGAAUAACACCAACAAUAGAAUCAGUCCAYCACCUGACUUCCCACUGACUAGGACUACAAAAGGUUACCUGCAAUACGAGUUGCCUGGUGUGACCAACAUGGACCCAGAACUUACAUUCCCUGAGUUGUCACCUCCCCUAGCAGUGACAGCAGGCAAGRAGUUCAGGAUAUGGGUGGAUCAAGAUUUGAAUGGCAAAUUAGAAUAUGACAACGAGGGAGAAACGUGCGCUGAUGUUUGGAUUAAGAAAUAYUAAAGCUACUCUUUUGCCAGAACUUAUCAGAGUUAAUCAUUUCUUAUAGAGCUGUUUUCGCAAGGUCUUUGAUUGAGCAGUACAAAAAGAGCACUUUUAUGAAAGUUAUACAUACACAUGUUCCGUUAGGUCCUGGAUAAACGAGAAAACAUGUUUCCCUAAAUGUUUCCAAA